AUUAUCUGCAAAUGAAGUUUGGCCUGGUCAUAUGUGCUUGUGGAAAUGGGCCUUAGCGGCAAUUUCCUCUAGCCAUCAUAAUAUAUUUAGUGGUCCGAUUCUUGAGAACCCGAGGAUUCCCACAAAUGAACUGUUAGGAUUAGUGGCUGAACGGCAGAAGUCUUCUAUCUCGUCUAUUCCAGUGUUAGCAUUUGCCUUUCAACACUUGUAAUGUGGAGUUCUCCACUGAUCCAUAGCAGCUGAAUAGUACCUAGUAUAGGAUUAGUAUCAGGUUGUAGGGUUUCAGGCUCCAUUUGCAGAUCUAAAUGGUGACGAAAGAGGCAAAAGGAACGGCGUCAAUGGAUCUUCCGGCGACGACGUCAACGGCGACUCUGCAAUCGGCCUUGAAGUCACUGAAGCUGAAGACGAAGCAGAAGGAGUUGUUGCUUCGGGUGACGAUCUUGUGUUUGGUGUACGUCCUGGCAUUCAUCACGCGCCUCUUCAGUGUGUUGAGGUACGAGAGCAUGAUCCACGAAUUCGAUCCGUACUUUAAUUACCGGACCACCCUUUUCCUCACUGAGAAGGGAUUCUAUGAGUUCUGGAACUGGUUUGACUCCGAGAGUUGGUAUCCGCUCGGCCGUAUAAUAGGCGGCACGCUUUACCCGGGUCUCAUGGUCACUGCUGCCCUCAUUUAUUGGACCAUUAAGUUCCUCAGGUUCGCAGUUCACAUUCGUGAAGUCUGCGUGCUACUUGCUCCAUUUUUUGCUUCCAACACCACUAUCGUGGCGUACUUCUUUGGGAAGGAGUUAUGGGAUUCUGGUGCUGGACUUGUAGCCGCAGCAUUAAUUGCUAUUUGUCCAGGCUACAUUUCACGGUCUGUGGCGGGAUCAUAUGAUAAUGAGGGGGUUGCUAUUUUUGCCCUUUUGCUCACUUUCUAUUUAUUUGUCAAGGCAGUAAAUACAGGCUCACUUGCCUGGUCUCUUGCCUCAGCCUUUGGGUACUUCUACAUGGUCUCAGCUUGGGGUGGCUAUGUCUUCAUCAUUAAUUUAGUCCCGCUCUAUGUAUUGGUUCUCUUGAUUACUGGGAGAUAUUCAAUGAGGCUAUAUGUAGCUUACAAUUGCAUGUAUAUUUUAGGAAUGUUGCUAGCAAUGCAGAUUCGUUUUGUGGGUUUUCAGCAUGUACAAUCCGGUGAGCAUAUGGCUGCAAUGGGGGUGUUUUUCUUACUUCAGGUAUUUUACUUCUUGGAAUGGGUGAAGCACCAAUUGAAUGACAAAAAGCUGUUUCAAGCUUUCCUGAGAAUUACCGUGACUACUGCAGUAGGUUUGGGUGCUAUUGCACUUGGAGUUGGAACUGCUUCUGGAUAUAUCUCUCCAUGGACUGGUCGUUUUUACUCUCUCCUGGAUCCAACUUAUGCAAAAGACCACAUACCUAUAAUUGCAUCGGUAUCUGAGCAUCAGCCCACAGCAUGGUCAUCUUUUAUGUUUGAUUUCCACAUAUUACUUAUACUCUUCCCAGCUGGACUCUAUUUCUGCUUCAAACGGUUGUCAGAUGCCACAAUUUUCAUAGUGAUGUAUGGUCUUACUAGCAUGUACUUUGCUGGAGUCAUGGUCCGAUUAAUUCUUGUUGCCACACCUGCUGUAUGCCUUAUCAGUGCAAUUGCAGUCUCUGCCACUGUUAAAAAUUUGACUCAACUAAUCAGGGCUAAACCAAAAGUUGCUCUUCAUGGUGGUUCUGGAAAAGGAACAGCCAGUGGAAAGGCUUCAUCAAAGGCCUCGCUUGAUCAAUCUCUGCCUUACCAAAGAAAUGGUGCAAUUGCAUUGCUAUUUGGUGCUGUUUAUUUGUUGAGUAGAUAUGCAAUCCAUUGCACAUGGGUGACGUCAGAGGCAUAUUCAUCUCCCUCGAUUGUUUUAGCUGCAAGGGGGGCUCAUGGAAAUAGGAUCAUCUUUGAUGAUUACCGUGAAGCAUACUUUUGGUUGAGACAGAACACUCCUCAAGAUGCCAAGGUGAUGUCUUGGUGGGAUUAUGGUUAUCAGAUCACUGCAAUGGGAAACAGAACCGUAAUUGUUGACAACAACACGUGGAACAACACACAUAUUGCUACGGUUGGACGGGCAAUGUCAUCUUAUGAGGAUGAAGCUUAUGAAAUAAUGAGGUCUUUGGAUGUUGAUUAUGUUUUGGUUGUUUUUGGAGGUCUCACUGGGUAUUCAUCCGACGAUAUAAACAAGUUUCUAUGGAUGGUAAGAAUCGGAGGAGGAGUGUUUCCAAUUAUAAAGGAACCAGAUUAUCUUGUGAAUGGAGAGUAUCGGGUAGACAAAGGUGCUUCUCCCAAGAUGUUGAAUUGCCUCAUGUACAAGCUUUGUUAUUAUCGCUUUGGUGAGCUGACUACAGAAUAUGGCAAGCCUACAGGAUAUGACCGGGCAAGAGGAGUUGAAAUUGGAAAUAAGGACAUAAAGCUUGAAUACUUGGAAGAGGCGUUCACUACAUCAAAUUGGAUUGUCAGGAUUUACAAAGUUAAACCACCUAAAAAUAGGUGGUAGUUUGCUCCUUAGGAUCCACCCAACCACCCGAAGAUGGUGGAAAAUAGGGAAAAACAUAUUAUAAUCUGCGGGACGUGUCAUACCAGUUUCUGAGGCUUUUUUAGAGUAAAGUAUUAGAUAGAUUAAAUGUUCUUUUUCUUUUGUGACAAUUAAAUAUCUAAUAUCCAGAGACUCCUUUUUGCAGGCAAAUAGUGGUGUUUGUUACUUUGUACUAAUUUUGUACUUUCCCUUGACUUUGAAUAAUAAUUUCUACCUUAGACGUGUUGAUCUUGCAUUGUGGUGAAUCUCUCACGUCAUUCCGCAACUCAUUAAGGAUUUUUUACUGAGUUCGCAAAUCGCCAAAUUGUUUCUUCCUUGC